AUUUAAAGCCAAUUGGUGGGCGGAGGAAGCCCUAGAGCAGCCGAGACGAACUCCAGCCAGGAGAUCAGACAUCAGCGAUGUCGUCGGGCGAUAAUCUGACAGCGGCGGCGGAGAACGGCACCGCCUCGCCGGCCCCCUCUCUGAGGAUCUACGCCGGCGCCGACUCCUUUGGGUGCGCGCUCAAGGACGCCCUUGUGGCCCACCUCCGCUCCUUACCCGGCAUCGACCUCAUCGACCUCGGCACCGACAAGUACUACUCCAUCGCCGAGCGCAUCGGCCGCCAAGUCAGCUCAGCUGCCGCCGCUGGCGGCGACCAGCCGGAGACCCGCGGCCUCCUGGCCUGCGGCACCGGCGUGGGCGUGUCCAUCUUCGCCAACAAGUUCCCCCGCGUGUACGCCAGCACCUGCUCCUCCGUCGGCGACGCCGUCAACACCCGCUCCAUCAACGCCUGCAACGUCCUCUCCGUCUCCGGCAUGUUCACCGCCCCCACCGACGCCGUCAAGAUCCUCGACGCCUGGCUUCGCACCCCCUUCAAGUCCCCCUGCCCGGCCUCCGGCGACGCCCCCUGGCCGGAGGACAUCCAGUCCUUUUUCGACCAGUCCGUAACCGAGAUGGCCGCCAUCCCCGCCCCCGAUGAGGGCUGCCCGAUCUGCGUCCUGAGGAAGGGCAUGGAGUUCGAGCCGGUGGGGAUCAUGCCAGGAGGGGAGAUGAGGAUCGUGAGGGAGAGCCCCACCUCGGCCUACGUCCGGUUCAAGGCCGGGAGCGUGGAGCCGGCCCACCACCACACCUUCGGCCACGACCUGGUCGUCAUCAAGGGAAAGAAGAAGGUCUGGAAUCUGACCAAGAAAGAGAGCUACGGGCUCGAGGAUGGGGAUUUUCUGUUCACCCCGGCCGGGGAUGUGCACAGGGUCAAGUACUUGGAGGACACCGAGUUCUUCAUCAGGUGGGAUGGGAAGUGGGACAUCUUCCUGGAUGAGGACCUGGCUGCUGCUGCUGAUGCCAUCAACAAGGACAUGGGGAGGGGCAAUUGAUCCAGAUGCUUCAGUGUUUGGGCUACUUAUUGCUAUAUGGUGGUUGUUGUCUUGCUGUUGGAAGUUGUGUUCUUGUACUGUUCUGAGUCUGAUGUCCUCGGUUGCUUGAGGUCAGUUGUGAAUAUGUUCUUGUAAUCUGUGUGCGCUUUUAGAUCUGAAAUAAAUGAUAUGUUCUAAUAGGCUGCACUUCUGAGAUAGACUUGUGAAUAUAAGUUGUUUCAAUGGUAAUAGUGAACAUGCUACCUGUUAUAAUA